AUGCAAGUCCUUCUGCUCGGUGGCCACGGUAAAGUGGCCCUCCACAUGACGCCGCUCUUUCUCAACAGAGCUUGGAAUGUCACCAGCGUAGUGCGCAACCCCGACCACAAGAGCGAGAUCCUGGCCCUCGGCAAGGGCCUCAAGGGCAAGCUUGACGUGCUCGUCUCCAGCCUGGAAGACGUGAAGAGCGCCUCGGAUGCCAGAAAGAUCCUCGACUCCGUCACUCCAGACUAUGUGGUUUGGUCGGCUGGCGCCGGCGGCAAAGGCGGCCCAGCCAGCACAAUCGCCAUCGACCAAGAAGCCGCUAAACACUUCAUGACCGCCUCCUUCUCCUCACCCAGUGUAACCAAAUUCCUAAUGAUCUCAUACCUGGGCAGCCGCAGCAAGCAACCUCGUUGGAUGUCCAACGAUGAUUGGGCGAGUAUCGUCCGCACAAACACCGAAGUCCUCCCCACCUACGCCAAAGCCAAGCAAGAAGCAGACGAGUACAUGGCCGCGCUCACAGCGCGCCGCAAGCUGGAUACCGCGGCUGGUCCGUUCCAGGCAAUUAAUCUUCGUCCGGGUACGUUGACGACAGAGCCUGCUACGAGGAGGGUUGAGUUGGGUCAUACAGCGAAUGGGCAUGUGACGCGUGAGGAUGUUGCUAUUGUUGCAGAUCAGUUGCUUGCUAGGAACGAUAUUGAAGGGUGGAUUGACCUUAUUAAUGGCAAGGUUCCGGUGGAGGAGGCUGUUGAGAAGGUCGCAAAAGAGAAGAUUGAUGCUGUUGAAGGAGAGGAUGUUAAGGGAAUGGUUAAGAGAUUCUUCCCCUAA